AUGUCCCAUGCCACCUAUAUGAAAAUUCCAGAACCGGAGCGACCGGUAUUAGUUCCACCCUCUAAGAGGGGCCUACUAACAAAUGCUGAUGGGGGGUCCAUCACGUACUACGGGAAAGCGCUGUUUUGGAUGGACUUAGGGCCAUUAAAACUCGAGAAGCCAUUGUUAGUCGCUGACAUUGAAGAUGAAGUGCUGUUAGGGGCAGACAUUUUACAGCGGGACCCUUAUGGCCCAGCGGACAUAUUGCUGUCCCAAAACCGGAUUAUGUUGAAGGGCCAACUAAUCCCCUUGAAGCAAAUUAGAUUACCAAUUACAGCACGACGGGUGCGUGCUGCAGAUCAUUUCAUUAUUCCUGCUAUGUCAGAGGUUAUCAUCCAAGGCCUUGUGGACAGAGCAAACAAAACCAGGAAAAAGGAUGCCUGUUUAUUGAUUGAGGCUAACCCCGUGAUGGUUCAGCAUUGCAAUAUUGCCGUUGCUCCAACACUUGUUGAUGCCACCAAGGAUUGCACUGUCCCAGUAAGAGUAAUGAACCCCUUCGAAGCCCCAGUCUCCAUCAAGCAGGACAUGGUGAUAGGAGUGGCCAGGACAGUUGGGAAGCCAAAAGCGUCUGUGCUUAGGCAUGAGUCUGGUCGCCAUGACAACAAUGAUACUGUAAGACGGAUUCAGAUGUGCCCUAAACCCAGAGUCACUGAUAGAAUCCGAGCUGUAGGAAAGGGCUCUCCUAUUACUCCGGCCCAAGACAUGACAUUACCUAAGUACCUACAGCCAAUGCUAGAUGGCGCCAAGGAGGCUCUAAAAUCACCCCAGGAAGAGACCACACUAAAAGAACUCAUACUGGAGUUCUCUGAUAUCUUUUCCAAGGAUGAUGCCGAUAUAGGAAGGACUCACCUGGUUGAGCAUGAAAUAGAUACUGGGGAUGCUAAACCUUUCAAGCAGGCUCCCAGAAAAGUUCCUAUGGCCUUUGCCGGAGAGGAGUUGAAGUCGCUGAAAAAGAUGCUGAACCAAGGCAUUGUGAGGUAG